ACCAUUUCAUGCCAUGCAGCCUUGAACAACUUUGGGCACGCUUAACCUCAAGAGGUGUGAUGAGAAAUGGCUUUGGGAAACAACACACAGCGAAGUUACUCCAUCAUCCCAUGCUUCAUAUUUGUCGAGCUCGUCAUUAUGGCCGGGACCAUUCUGCUCGCCUACUACUUUGAGUGCACAGACACUUUCCAGGUGCAUAUCCAAGGCUUCUUCUGCCAGGAUGGAGACUUGAUGAAACCGUACCCAGGAACAGAAGAUGAAAGCUUCAUUCCCCCCCUCAUCCUUUAUUGUGUCUUGGCUGCAACCCCAACAGCAAUUAUUUUUAUUGGAGAGAUCUCCAUGUAUUUCAUCAAGUCCACCAGAGAAAGCCUGAUUGUCCAGGAGAAAACCAUUUUGACAGGAGAAUGCUGUUACCUGAAUCCAUUACUCCGGAGAAUUAUUCGAUUUAUAGGUGUAUUUGCGUUUGGCCUUUUUGCCACUGACAUAUUCGUAAACGCUGGCCAGGUUGUGACGGGAAAUUUGGCACCCUAUUUCCUGACUGUGUGUAAACCCAACUAUACUGGGAGUGACUGCCGGGCUCACCUUCAGUUUGUUAACAAUGGGAAUAUCUGCACCGGUGACCAGGAGGUGAUUGAGAAGGCAAGGAGAUCGUUUCCAUCCAAACAUGCUGCUCUAAGUAUUUAUUCAGCCUUAUAUGCUACAAUGUACAUCACCAGCACCAUCAAGACAAAAAGCAGUAGGCUUGCCAAGCCAGUAUUGUGCCUGGGGACUCUUUGCACCGCAUUCCUCACUGGACUGAACCGAGUUUCUGAAUAUCGAAACCACUGUUCGGAUGUCAUUGCAGGCUUCAUCUUGGGGAGUGCAGUAGCUCUGUUUCUGGGAAUAUGUGUGGUUCACAACUUCAAAGGAACACAUGGAACUCCUUCUAAAUCAAAGCCUGAUGAACAUCGAGGAGUGCCCCUGAUGGCAUUUCCAAGAGUGGAAAGCCCUUUGGAGACACUGAGUGCACAGAAUCAUUCUGCCUCUAUGACUGAAGUAACCUGAUCUGAAAGAUGACAAGAGAAGCUAUUUUUUAUCGCCCUCCUCCGUUACAAUACUCCCACAACAACACACAGUUAUACUAAUUGUCAGACUGUGCCGACCAGUAUUAUGUUAUGUCUAGUUAGAAGCUAAUGUUUUGUACAUUUUUGUAUGAGGAAGUGAUGUAGCUCGCCCUCAAAAUUUUCCCCCCUUUUUUGGUCAGCUUUAAUAUAUUUAAACCAGAUUUUAAGACAAAAGAAAAUUAAAAAGAAAGAACAAACAAAAAAAGUUUUUUUAAAAAACAACAACACGAGAUACUUUUUCUUGUUUAAAAUGUGUUCUGAGGCACUACAUCUUUGGGAAUUGUUGAUGUUUUGUGAUAUUUGUACACAGACCUUUUUUUGGUUUUGUUUUAUAUACAAUAAAUCAAAUGAUAAUUAUAAUACUAAUUCACUUCUACCUUUUUGUUACCAGGGAAAAUGCUUCCAGUAGGUAGGAGGACCAGAUUCAGUCCUGCUGGCGCAAUUCUGCAGUAAUCCCUCUUCAUUUUGGUGAAGUUAGUCAAGAGUUGCCACAGCGGAACUGACAUCUAGUUCCUUAGGCAAUUGAUUAUGAGAAAUAGGUAUGGUUGAGUCCUAAUCCAGCAUGGUUAGGAUAUGACUGCGGACUCGUCUAUUGUGAACUUCUCUUCUUCCUGUAUGAAACCUAUAGGUGUGAAUAGGUUUUGGACAAGGGCCCCUGAACCCCUGUUUUUUUAGGAUUCCCAUGCAUCUCCAUGGAGCUUGCUCAGGAAGUUUUAAUGGAUUGUGCUCAAGGUGUGCAAACUUCAGGUUGCUUACUCCAGAAACUGCUUACUAGCCUCCUCGGCCCUGAGGUGCUGAGUCUAUGUACACACUCUACACAGUGCUCCUUGUGGCUUUUCCCCGUUUGUAGUCUUCCUAGCUGCUGUCCUAUGUUCAUGUGAACCCACUUCUAAAAAACAUACCUCCUUGGAGCUGUUGCCAUGGAAAUUAUGGAGAAAAUUUGGCCAUACAUGUGCAUAUUAAGAUCACUGCCAUGGACUAAUCUGAACACGUAACUGCAGUGUAUGUGCCAAAGUUAAUGUUAAGACUUUUUUGUUUGUUUAACAGCAGUUUUGUAGAAUCAAGAACCUAGUAAAUUUGUUCCAGAAAAUAAUUGUGCUAAUUAAUCCUGAAAAGAACUAGCAAAUUUUUUCUAUGGCUUUUUGGGAUACAGCCACAAGAUGUGACCUUAGGGGAAUGUGAAAGUAUUGUUGCAGUCAUGGACCAAAGAACAGUGGUCUACAGUAAGCUCAAGUCCACCUCAGAGUGGGAUUUUUUUAAAAACAAAGUCAUGUUUCUUAUGCUCUGCUUAGAGGCAGAAAACCUUCAUGUAGGAAACUUCACAGACAUGAUCAUCCAGUCAUUUUCUAGAGUGCUACCAAAAUGCUCAUUUCACUGUGUAAUAGACGUGUGUAACCCUUUGUUUGUGGCAAAUGCAUGCAUUUUAAGACAUGGGUGGCUCUGGAAGUGGCACUUGUCCUUGGAGCAAAUAUAUCUGACUCUUAAGUAAUAUAUAUUUGGAAUUCAGUGCACCUCAGUGUCUUGAAAGUUUGAAGCUAUCCGGGUGGAUCCACCUAGUGUUCUUGUUUUAAUAGGAGGAGUGUAAAUUGUUUCAUUGCCGCAUUAGAACAUCAUGCAACAGCCUACCAAGGAGUCAUAGGCAAAUAAAUUUGUGACUCGGUUCAACUGGUGCUAAUCUAAAGUAACACCAUUCAUGUCAACAGUGUGAAUGGGAAAUUAGAUCCAGGCUGAGUGUGACAUGUAACCACAUGAAAAGCAGCCUAAUUUGUGCCUGUUCAAAACUCUGAAAGCUUCCAUCCCUCUCAGCAUGGGAGGAGCUGACAGCGAGCUUUCUCCCUCUUUUGUUAUCUCUAGUGACCAUGUGCAACUUAGCUUCCCUACUCUUUCCUCUCCAACUGCCAGGGAAGAAUAACUGCCAUAAAAAUAACAUAGUAAAUAAAACCCUCUGCCAGCAGCUUUCUUUGUUUGAACAGAGGGGGCCUUCUAAAUCAGCAGGACUUGGUUGCUUCUUAUAUGGUAAAUGUAUAACACAGGCCAUCUUUUACAUCUUAAUAGAUUUGGCUAUGAUGCCUUUCCCAUAGAAGUGCCUGCUUGGUCAUCACAAGAACAGGCAACGUCUCCAUUUUGUGAGUCAUAAUGUAAUGGAUUUGUAUCCAAAAACUUGUUUUCACUUUGCACAGUAUUGUUAAUAGUUCAAAGGGGGGAAAUGAAAAGACUAGUUUUCUGGUCUGUCUUUUUGUCCUAGGGCUUUCCUGUUGCAUCUCAUUUUUCUAGCAUGGUGAUAACCCAUUGCGUGUUUCCUUUGAGGAAUGAAGCCCCUCUCUGUACUUUUGCUGAAAUGUCUACCAUGUUGGUUCUUGGGUUUUUGUAUAUUUUUUUCCAAAAGAGAUUGACAAAAAAAUUAUCACAAAACUAUUUGUGUCAGGGCUCU